GAUGUGCUGAUAAUAUUGUGCAUCCCCAAUCAAUACCUAAUUUGAAACUUGCUAGACAGGACAUCAAACUGCGACUUUGGAAAGUCACUGCAAGUCAAACCUCACCAAUGAAAAGAAAACUUCCGUCAUUAAGAUUUGUCACUUUUUUUGUUCUCCAAGAUCCUUAUGGUGCUUUUUCACUACCAUCCACAAUUUAUUUUAUUUUUUCCAGCUUUGAGCAGCCUCUCCAUUUCCUUUGUUUACUGCAUUGUGGGAGAAAAGUAUCCAUCAUCAGCACUUUUUCAGUGUGAAAUGAACUGGGACACUGGGAAGUUUAUAGACAUGCCGGUGGCCUCUGAGGGGCUGUAGUAAUACACAGCAGGAAGGAAAAUUUUUGGAUGGCUAUAGCUAUUCUUCAGUGUCCUACCACUAGUGGGGUAAAUAAUCUCAAGUUUGGCAUUUGGUGAAGAAAAUGCUAUGUUUUGGGGGUUUUUUGCCAUUCAUACGUAAAUAUUCAUUAUCUACUUAUCAUGUUUGGCAUUGCAGGGGGCUGGAGCCAAUCCCAGCACACACUGAGAGAGAAGCAGGGCACACACUGAACAGGAGGAGGAUAACAGCGUUUACUGCGGAAAGUAUAGCUUGAAAUAAAUGACAGGAUACAUGGAGACAACACAAGACUGCGCCUGUGACAAACUUGCGCGAGGGAAACCCUCAGGAGGUCCGUGGAGAAGAUGGUAUUCUGGAGGAGAAAUACUCACAUUGAGAAGGAACGCCAUGUGAAAGCCAACGCGCGGGACUAUAAUGACAAGUUCUCUUAUGCAGACAAUCACAUCAAAACCUCAAAGUACAACUUCCUCACCUUCCUGCCCAUCAACCUGUUUGAGCAGUUGCAGAGGGUCGCAAACGCUUACUUCUUAGUACUUUUGAUACUGCAGUUAAUUCCAGUAAUUUCCUCUCUGUCCUGGUUCACAACCAUCGUGCCUUUGGUGUUGGUGCUGGUAAUCACGGCCGUGAAGGAUGCCACAGAUGACUAUUUCAGGCAUAAGAGUGACCAGCAAGUCAACAACCGGCAGUCUCAGGUUCUCAUCAGAGGAAGUUUGCAGAAUGAGAAAUGGAUGAACAUUCGAGUGGGGGAUAUCAUCAAACUGGAGAAUAAUCAGUUUGUUGCUGCAGACAUCCUCCUCCUCUGUAGUAGUGAGCCCUAUGGACUGUGCUAUAUUGAGACUGCAGAGCUGGAUGGAGAGACGAAUCUGAAAGUUCGUCAGACUUUGACCGUUACCUCAGAUUUGGGAGAUAUCACAAAACUGAUGGACUUUGAUGGAAAAGUCAUUUGUGAGCCACCAAACAACAAGCUGGAUAAAUUUACAGGAACUUUAUUCUGGAGAAACAACAAAUAUCCUCUAGAUAAUGAGAAAAUGCUGCUGCGGGGUUGCGUUCUCAGAAACACUGAGUGGUGCUUUGGGAUGGUCAUUUUUGCUGGCUUGCAAACCAAACUGAUGCAGAACUGCGGAAGGACUAAAUUUAAAAGGACAAGUAUCGAUAAACUGAUGAACACUUUGGUUUUGUGGAUCUUUGCCUUCCUCUUUUGUAUGGGAGUUAUUUUGGCCGUUGGAAACACUGUUUGGGAGAGCUGGAUUGGCAGACACUUCCAGGUGUUCUUGCCUUGGGAUGAGUUUCAGAGAAGUGCGGUCUUCUCUGGCUUCCUCACAUUCUGGUCCUACAUCAUCAUCCUCAACACCGUUGUGCCCAUUUCACUGUAUGUCAGUGUGGAGGUUCUGCGGCUCGGUCACAGUUACUUCAUUAACUGGGACCAGAAGAUGUACUACAGUCAGACGGACACCGCGGCAGAAGCUCGCACCACCACCCUGAACGAGGAGCUCGGCCAGGUUGAGUUCAUCUUCUCUGACAAGACGGGGACCCUCACCCAGAACAUCAUGGUCUUUAGCAAGUGCUCCAUUAAUGGAAAGACGUACGGUGACACUUAUGAUGAGUUUGAGCAGAAGGUGGAAAUCACAGAAAAAACAGCCUGUGUGGACUUUUCCUUCAACCCUCUGUGUGACAGAAGGUUUAAGUUUUAUGAUGGCAGCCUGGUUGAAGCUAUAAAACUGGAGGAUCCGGCAGCGCAGGAGUUCUUCAGACUGCUGGCGUUAUGUCACACCGUCAUGCCUGAGGAAAAGAGUGAAGGAAAUCUGGUGUACCAGGCUCAGUCACCUGAUGAGGGAGCCCUGGUCACUGCUGCACGAAACUUUGGGUUUGUCUUCCGGGCUCGAACCCCUGAGACCAUCACACUGUGGGAGAUGGGACGAGCUGUCACCUACCAGCUGCUGGCCAUACUGGACUUCAACAACGUGCGCAAGAGAAUGAGUGUCAUUGUGAGAAACCCACAGGGCCAAAUUAAACUCUACUCCAAAGGAGCUGACACUAUUAUCUUUGAGCGCCUGGAUCCCUCCAGUGAAGACCUCAUGAACACUACCUCAGAACAUCUCAGUGAAUUUGCUGGAGAAGGCCUUCGAACAUUAGCUCUGGCCUACAAAGAUCUGGAUGAAGAUUAUUUCGAUGUUUGGGUGAAGAAGCUUCUGUUCGCCAGCACUGUAAUUGAGAACCGUGAGGAUCAGCUGGCUGUUCUCUACGAGGAGAUUGAGCAGGGCUUGAAGCUUCUAGGAGCCACAGCGAUCGAGGACAAACUUCAGGAAGGAGUCCCAGAAACGAUCGCCUGUCUAAAUCUAGCCGACAUCAAGAUCUGGGUCCUCACAGGAGACAAACUAGAGACAGCGAUGAACAUCGGCUACUCCUGCAACAUGCUGCGAGACGACAUGAAUGAGGUGUUUGUUAUCUCUGACCCCACACUGCUGGAGGUGCAGGAGCAGCUCAGGAGUGCUACAGAGCGCAUUCUGGGCCUGAGUCGAGUCAGCAGUGAGGGAGAUGUUGAGAAGGCAGAUGUGUCUGGUGACUCUGUGUUUGAAGAAACCAUUAUUGCAGAGUAUGCCUUAGUCAUCAAUGGACACAGUUUGGCUCACGCUCUGGAGCCACAGCUAGAGCACAUCUUGCUGGAUUUGGCCUGUUUGUGUAAAACAGUCAUCUGCUGCCGGGUCACUCCGAUGCAGAAAGCUCAGGUGGUGGAGCUGGUGAAGACGCACAAGAGGGCCGUCACUCUGGCCAUCGGAGAUGGAGCCAAUGAUGUCAGUAUGAUCAAGACUGCUCACAUCGGUGUCGGCAUCAGCGGUCAGGAGGGGAUGCAGGCAGUUCUGGCAUCCGAUUACUCCUUCGCUCAGUUUCAGUACCUGCGGCGGCUCCUGCUGGUGCACGGACGCUGGUCCUACUUUCGCAUGUGUAACUUCCUGUGCUAUUUCUUCUACAAGAACUUUGGCUUCACGUUGGUUCACUUCUGGUACGGUUUCUUCUGUGGUUUCUCAGCUCAGACUGUGUAUGACCAGUGGUUCAUCACCCUUUUCAAUAUAGUCUAUACAUCUUUACCAGUACUGGCCAUGGGACUUUUUGAUCAGGAUGUCAAUGACCAGAACAGCCUUCGCUACCCGAGCCUCUACAAGCCCGGCCAGCAGAACCUUCUCUUCAACAAACGCCAGUUCUUCCUGUGCACACUGCAGGGCAUGGGCACGUCAUUCCUGCUUUUCUUUAUUCCUUACGGAGCCUUCUCUGUCAUGGUGAAGGAGGACGGCUCCCACUUUUCCGACCAGCAAGCGUUUGCUGUCACCAUAGCGACGUCCCUUGUCAUUGUUGUAAGUGUUCAGAUUGGACUGGACACACACUACUGGACAGCUGUCAAUCACCUCUUCAUCUGGGGCAGCCUGACUGUGUACUUUGCCAUAUUGUUUGCAAUGCAAAGCAAUGGCAUAUUUGGCAUUUUUCCAAGUAAUUUCCCAUUCAUAGGCACGGCGCGUAACUGUCUGUCGGAGAAGAGUGUGUGGCUGGUCAUUCUGCUCACCGCCGUGGUGUGUGUUGUGCCCGGCUUAGCAGUCAGCUUCCUGAGAGUUCACCUCUUCCCAACGCUAACAGACAAGGUGCGUCAUCUCCAACAGUCCAGGAAGAAACAGAGACCUCAGGAGCAGAACUUCAGGCGAAUACGCAGGACGAGCUCCCGCCGCUCUGCUUACGCCUUCUCCCACCAACAGGGCUACGGAGAGCUGAUAACCUCAGGCAAAAACAUGAGGAUGGGUGCAGUGUCGUCCGCUCGCUCCCCUGGAAAAACACCACACAGCUCCACCUGGAUAGAAAACAUGUUGAAGAGGAAGAAUGAAGUCUCCUGCGUCUCUGAUGAAAGCACAGGAGCACCUGAAAGCAGCAGCAGAGCAAAACAGACUCAACAGCACACAGACUGAACUACUGGACCUGACAGAUAAUAGACAAUACCACAGGAUACCACAUGCAUGGAUCCCACAGACCAAGCAAAAGGUAUGAAUGUCUUUCAUUUGGGUAAAUUUAUGCUCAAAUCUUAAAACACAGUCGUACCUCUUUUUUUUUCAUUAGUGUGCAUCAUGUGGGUGCUGGUAAAUGUUAAAAAAGCCAGUUAAAAUAUGAUUAUCAAGAGGAACCAUUUAAAAACAUGCCGGCUGGUUGAAAACACAUAAUGUGCAGUUAAGAUUUUUUUAAUCUUUAUAAUGUAAGGCAUUCAUUUAAUGGGCAACAGCUGGUAUAUUCUGGGACAAUAUUAUGCAUGAGUUGCCAAAAUUUAAGAAAUAUUUGUCCACCUGCAUCAAGCAAUCCAAUUUGAUCCGUAAGUGGUUAUGUCUUUUAUUGAUUGAUGGAGAGAUUUUGGGACAUUUUAGUCCAUUUAGAGGAAGCUUUAGCGGUAACAAGGCAAAUAUGUAAUAAAAUAUAUAUAAAUGAUAUACGCAAAAAUAAAGGUAACUUCGAGCACCAGUACAACAAACUGUAACAGACCUCUGACUGUAAAGCCAAUGCACUGAAACUUUCCUCUCAACCUACAUCCAAAGUGCUACAAUACAAGUGUUUAAUACUGUACUUUAAUACUGUAAAUACUGAUGUAAAGCUAUUAAACAUGAUAAGCACAACUUAAUUAUUGAUUUAAAGUGGUAACAAAUAAUCUUUUCAAACGGCUGUUUUGUUUCCACAAUGGUUGACAUAUAGUACUUGCUUUGUGCUGUAAAUCCAGCCUUCAUUAUCCCAAUUUUUUAUAUUAUCAUACCUGGUGGCAGACAGAAUUGCAUAGUAAAAGUGAGGCUUGUAGGGACCCAAUUUAAACACAUACUAAGUCAUUAUUCUGUAGCUUUCGCAUUUUGCCAUCGAAAUAUACAAAAAAAAAAAAACCCUACACCAAAUAUUUGUCUAUUUCCACUUCAAAUCCAUUUAAA